CAGUCUCAGUAUACGAGUCGCGCCACCAUAAGCCACAUCUCGUCGACGUCACUCUGCUCGUCGCCACACACACACACAUUAUACCCAUACACACACGCAUAUAAAGACACUCGUCGUGACUCGUGAGUGCGAGUGAGCGAGACUAUACACAUUAUAUACAGAGACACAAGAAUCCGUCCGUGUGUAAUACAUUAUAAUACAAGUGCGCAAAGACCUCGCGUUGUUUGUUAGUGUGCGUGUGUACAUUUGUUGUUUAUUCGUUAUCGGGAAAUGAUAGUUUUUCUGCGAUCGCUGCAUACAGAUAUAUUAUUCUAAUCCAAGUACAGCGAGGUGCGAGUCGGUGGAGUUGUGCGUGCGCGAGUUCCGAGAGCUCUGCUGCUCGCUUGCCUGCGUGUGUGUGCGCAGACGAUGAGAGAGAACGAGCGGACGCCAUAGCUCUCUUUCUCCUUUGGCUCGCGCGUUAGCUGGCCUUAUAUACAUGUAUUUGUGAAGUGUGUAGCAGCAGCAUAGAUGCACUAAGAUCGCUAGCGGUGUGCGUGUGCGCGUUGAAAAAAUAAUAAUAAGGGACGAGAAAUCAUCAGAGGACUGCACUGCAGCGAUCGGGGCGACAGGUUGUUGUGACAACAAAAGUGUGCUAUAUAUAGAUAGCAUAUAAAAUACGUAUAAAUCGUGCACAAGACAGAUCCGCGGCGCGCGCCGUUAUCAGCGCCUACUAUCUCUAGUGUCGAGUGUGAUUCUUUUUUCCCUGUUUUGUGUUGUCUCGUGUGUGUCUUCGGGCCAACUGCGUCUUUGGAAUAAUCUUCAUACUGAAAGUUCCUAUCAGUCGUGCCUUUUCUCUCGAGUGCGUUAUAUAUAUUAUUAUAUACAGUGAAUACAAAAACAGUGACUACUGCGAGUCGUGGUCGUCGUCCCGAGUCCGAUUGGGUGCACGAUGAGACAAAUGCACCUGUUCCAUCUUUCCUAAAAUGCCAAUAUCAUCAGGACCAGCAGGAGCAGCGCUAGAUUGCAACAGAAGCUGCAGCAGACGCCUGAGUAGCGUUCAGCAGACACUCGCCGUAUGAGCCGUGAUCGUCGUUUCACGGAAUUGAGAGCAUAGUCGAAGCAUCAGUCAAAAAUCGCAAUGGCUUGGUCGACGAGGAAGGAAGGACACAAGCAACAACACAGCAGCCGUCGUCGCCGAACGUCGUCGUCGGUCGACUUGGCUGGCGGCCUCUUGUUUAUCGCCGCUCUGUCGCUGCUCGUUUCCUUGGGCGAACAGUGCGCCGUUGGCCUCACCACGCCUGGACGAACAUGGCCAGUGGGAGAUAUCGCCGUGGAGCACGGCAAGCCGCUCAACAUCACCUGCGUGCUCAACGAGACCUUCAUCGAUCGAAAUUUCCCGGGCAAGACCUCCGCAGAUCUGGUCUUCUUCAAGGGCCAGCAUGAGGUCGAUUCCCAGUACAUACACGUGCUCAACGAGACCAGCAUCAUGCUCAACAUCACGAAUCCUCCGCCCGAGAACGAGAUGUACUACUGCAAACUGAGAUUAGACAAGAGGAUCUAUCACAAGGAAUACGAGGCCGUCUGCCUCAAUAAGGUCGCCGUUGGAUUUAAACCCAGAAAACCCAAGAACUUCAACUGUUACUCCAUGAACUGGGAGAACCUGACCUGCAGCUGGGAGCCGCCGGAGAACUUCGUCGACACAACCUAUCAGAUCACGUUCAAGCUGCCGGGUCGCGCAGCCAGUCGCAAGCUCUAUCCAUGCCCCGAGCCAGCCAAGGACGAGGUCCGACUCAACCGAAACAGCUGCACCUGGAAACCGAAGACCAAUCCGAUUUACAGACAGCCUUACGAGUUUUACACCUUCUACAUCAACGGAACGAACGUACUCGGUACGUGGAACGGUUCCUACAAGUUCCACCAUUUUGCUCAUGUGAUUCCUGCAAGACCAUCAAAUCUGACGGUCGUAAACAAGACGCUCAACAGUGCCACGCUGUACUGGAGCGUUGGCUACCCCAUGCAAAACUUUCCACCUGGUUUGCAUCAUCGCAUCUCUCACCAGAGCCAGUGGGAAAAAAGAGAUGAAUGGCAGAUAAUUGACAUCAACGAUGAGCCGCACAAUCCAAAUAGGUACUACAAUCUGACGGGCUUGAAGUACGCCAACUCCAUUUACGACGUAAGAGUCUAUGUUAAAAGCGCCGUCGCUGAGGGCGACGACAUGUGGAGUAAUUUCAGUGGUAUUACCUUCCGCACUCCCGCAACAGUACCUGGACAGCCACCAAUUACAGACUUCGGAAGCUUCGAAGUGACCGAUGGGAAUAACGCCAGUCGCGAUAUCUAUCUGUACUGGCAAUCGAUACCGCCAAAUCUCGAGAACGGUGACCAUUUCCGUUAUCAAGUCAUCAAUGUCAUGGAAAACAAGCGUAAAGUCCAUCUCGUGCCUAACGAGACCACAAGGACCUACGCCAAAUUCCGUGGCCUAUCCAUGAAUAACAACUACAACUUUGAAAUCGUUUCUACCAAUGCUGUGGGUGCACUCGAGAUACCGGCGAACAUUUUUGUUCCUAGUAAAGAAAAUCUGCCGAAAGAACCAGUGGCUUUUACGAAGAUAGCUUUUGAUGAUGGACUUUACGAACUGUCGUGGAAACCCCCAGUGUCAGGAUUGGCGGAUAUCAAGAACUACACGAUAUUCUGGUGCGAGAACGAUCGCGACAGGCCCUACCAGUGUCAAGGCUACCUCGAUUGGAAACACGUUUCAAGCGACACCCUGAUUCACAACGUCACGGUUCCAGAUCCUAAGCGCGUCUAUCAGUUUGCCAUAUCGGCGAACACGGAUCACGGUAGUAGUGGAAUGAUGUGGGCGUCGUGCACCGUUAUACACAACAAGGUCGUCGGAAAAAUGAAAACGGUAUGGAUAAACCGCGUCGAGUCGGAAGCAAUCGAAGUGGGCUGGAAGCUGGAUUGCAGCGAUCGCAUCGGAAUAGUCGAUGGAUUCAGAAUCUAUUACUGUCCGAUCACUUCGCCCUACAAUCUCACUUGCAGGAGUCCAAAAAUGAACAAAACGGUCGAUAAUAAUGUCAAUUCGAUUGGUGGUAGAAUCGCUGAACUGAAGCCAUACACAACUUACAUGAUCAGCGUUGCCGUUAUUACCAAGAAUGGUGAGGGCCACGCUAGUGAUCCAUUGUACAAUACAACGUACGAAGCUCGUCCCGAGUCUCCAAGGAACAUCAGUGUGACUCGCGUAACCAACACCUCGAUGACUGUUGAAUGGGAGGAUCCUGUUCAUAUGAAUGGUGUUCUGCGCUACUACAUCGUCCACUAUAACGACUUGUCGAUGAAGGCCGGUCGUGCUAAAACUCUCAAUCUUACAGGACUUGUGCCGUAUCAAAAGUACAGCGUACACGUAUCCGCUUGCACCGUUUCUUGCAGCAACCUGACUGCAACUACUCCGGUUGAAGUGUUGACGGAUAUCGGCGUGCCCGAUCAAAUAAUACCGCCCACUGUGCGUUUUGUCAAUUCCAGUCAAGUCAGAAUUAUGUGGCCUGCUCCGUCUCAUGCAGCGGGUCCUCUUAACUUCUAUCAAAUCAAGGGAGUCGACGAUGAAAUUUUCACGACUACUGAACAAGAAGCACUGUUGUCCAUACCUGAUUGUAAAUCUGAUACCGAUGAAAAGCUGUACAAAUUCCAAGUCAGAGCUGUUAAUGUUAAGCCGGAUGGUGAAUAUCUCUAUGGUAAUUGGUCUGAAGCCGGCGAAGGAAAUUGUUACAACAGUGGCCCAUCGUUCACUGUCAUGGUUAUCAUUUGGGUUGUUGGUAUUGCUUGUGGUAUUGGUUUCAUGUAUCUUCUGGCUUACGGAUCUAGGAAAGCUUGGAAGAAAUAUAAACACAUGCAAGAUGUUGAUAUUGCUUUACCGCCAGGAUUAGCUCCCGAAUUGGCUCCUGACGUGAAACUAUUAAACAAAGGUGAACAGAAACAGCGUCCCUUGCCACCAAGACCAAGCUCGGCGAAUGCUAGUACUGGUCAAGAAUCACCUAGUGCAUCUCUCAACUCGGAAGAAACCCAUAUGUCAAACGACAGUGGUAACGAUGAAGUGCCAAUCUUGAAUUCCGAGAAAAUGGCAAUAAAAUCGGAAAAAAUUGCAUCUGAAAAAUGGGGUUCUCCAAAUUUGCGUCAGCGCAAUGUGUCUAAUGUUAGCAAACCUGGAAGUGUUGAUACCCUGAAUAAACGCGAUUGGGACGUAUAUAGUGGUAAAACGACUAAGAGUUCAAAUGAAACACUGCAAACAACAGUGUCGCCUUCGCAGGCGGAUACUCUGUCAUUGACCAAAUCUUCGCCCGACAUGAGUGAAGGUGUUUACCCAAAACUCAAUGGAUCGUCAACGUCUGAUUACAUAAGUAUGCCACGCUCCACUGAAAUGCUUAAUGGCCAUAUUUCAAUGAUUUCACCGACGUUGGGAUUGCCGCCUUAUUGUGCGGUUGGAAUGAUUCCCAAGUCUUUAACUAAUAAAAGUAUGAAUGCUAAAAACGAAGAAACAUUGGGAGUCGCCGUUCCCUACGUUCAAGUUGGUUUGAUGGACACUUUUACAGGGGAUUUGUUGCAAUCAGGACCUAUUGAUGCUACUCGUUAUAAUUUGAAUUUGCAAAAGCCGAUUGAAUCAAAUCAAAAUAAUCAGCAGCAGCAAUUAUCACAAUCUUAUGUACAAGUAGGACAGGUAAUGAUGAACGCCUCUAUUAAUUCAGGCACUAUGAAUGGUGGUGCCAUUGUGAAUACCACAAGUACCAUGAAUGAUUGUCCCUUUGAGAUAAAGCCAAAAGCAGAUUCAGCAUUUAUAAAUCAACAACAACAGCAGCAACUUGCGAAGGAAUUAACGAAUAAGCUUGAAGCUACGUCGCUAUUUCCAGUCCAGACUCCGGUACAAAAGUUUCAAGUGAAUGGCAAUGUUGUGACAAGUAUCCCUAGUACCAUGAAUGAUUGUCCCUUUGAGAUGAAGCCAAAAGCAGAUUCAACAUUUAUGAAUCAUCAACCACAGCCGCAACUUGCGAAGGAUUUGACAAAUAAGCUUGAAGCUACGUCGCAAACUCCAGUUCAGGCUUCGGUUCAAAAGCCUCAAGUAAAUGGCAAUGUUUUAUCAAGUACCCCUAUGAAACAAGAUGGUUACGUCAGUGUGGACUUCGUUCAAAACCAAAGUUUAAAUGCAACGACUGCGAAAAACGACAGUCCCAAACCUUACGUGUCGGUAAAUGUGUUGUCGAAUCUUAGCCAACCAAAACAAGUACAAGAAAAAACUCAACAAAAAGAAAGUGAUUACACGCGGCAUGACUCACAAAUAUCGAGUCCGGUGAUGUCUUCAAAGCUGUCGUCUUCAUCGACGUUAUAUGAUGUGACUGACGAGAUGAAUAAAUCAUCACUAAGUUCACAGGAUCAACUGAUAACGACUAAGUGUGAGGCGGAACGUGACGACUCAGUAUACACACCGGCGCCCACAACGAAAAAAAAACCAGCCUUAGUGAAUCCUAAUCCUAACGAUGAAAAAUAUAGCAGAAUGUUAAUUUAUCCUCGGACGUAAAAUAGUGUAACCGCAAACAAUUAGGUAUUUAUAAAUACGAGAAACUGAGUCACUUUUGACUCGACUAUUUUUGCGUUGCUUAAAAGUAACUGUUUUUCAUGAGAUGUCAAACUUAAGAAAGUUGAAAAUCAAUUAAAAUCAAAUUUAAGAAGACAUCGUUAGAUGUUUUUUUCAGUUCAUAAUUCGGUUUAUCAAGAGUAAAUUUUUCUUCGAGAAGCAAUGAGCUGUUGCUUACUUUUGAACAUGAAAUUCGCAGUUCAUUUGCGCAUAUUAUAACGAAUAUUUUGUUGUAAUAUAGCAUGCAAAAUUUGAAUGAGCUUACAUAUUCAUAGUUUUUGAAAAUAAUCAGACGAUCGAAGCUUUACAAAAUUGGGUCAAUUUUCAAGACAUGAUCAUUUUAAAAAAGACUAAGAAAGUGCCUUAUUAUCUUGAAAAAUUGAUACUUUUGUAUAUUAAAUUUUACACAUUCGAAGUUCAAUGGUUGAUUGAAAACUAAUGAGGUUCUUUGUAUUGAGGACGCAAGUCGCUUUUCUAAUUGUGAAUCAAAGUAGAUCAAAGUGAAUAGUUUAUGCAUUUUUUGUUAAGUCAUUUGUUGAAUUAUUGGUAUGAAUUACCAAUAUAAAGUCAAAAUUCAUAAUUAAACGUUAGAAGUAAGAAUUGGCAAAACUGUUCAGAAACCAACUUUUUUUUAGCAUUUUUGUUUGUUUUGAAUGUGGAAUCGUGCAUAUUAAUAAGUAAAUAAUCAAGAUAUUUCAAUAGACAUGUAGAUGCUAAUGACAGUCAAUUUUGCGUCCCAUUUUAGUAAUUUAAAUAAUUUUUUAUUCGUUAUUUUGAGAUACAAUUGUUUCGAGUCCUAGUUGAAUGUAGUUGUUUUUGAACAAUUGUAUGAUCAUUAAAAUGGAACUCACAAGAAAAUGACUAAUUACUCUGUCUGUUUGGCAUCAUACUAAUAACAAGCGUUUAAACUUUGUAUGUAUUUUAAUGUGUUAACGUGAAUAAUAAUCAAGCAGAUAAAAGUUGGUUGUACUCAGUUUCUCGUAUAAAUAAUAAUUAUAAAAGACUAUGAAGAAUGAAAAAUAAGUUAAAAGUGAAAAUUAAUUAUUCUUCAAUUCUUCGUAAAAUUGUGAAAUGUAUAAAUUGAUUCUAUUAACAUUAAGUCCACUAUAUAUUUAAGCGAGAUGAUUGAAAAUUAUGUACAAAUCGAAUUACUUUUGUAUCGUGAAAAUAUUUAUAUAUACACCUAGGUAUUAAGUAGACAUAUUUUACUAUUACUGUACAUUUAAGAUGUGGGGAGAAGUCCUUCCAGUGUUUCAAAUUUUUUAAACACUGAGUAAAGUUAAGAUUAAAUAGUUAAGAAAAAGUACGUACUUCUCAGAAGGAUUGCUGGUUAAUCAGUGGCGCCUGAAAUUUUUGAUUGUACAAGACUAUUAUUACCGCAUUAUUUUAAUGCAAUUUGAGAAAUAUUAUCAUGAUUCAAUUUUUUCUCUAAAUUUUUGUUUAUUUUUGUGGAUCUAGAUUGUUGUUUGAAGUUCAGAACGAAAUUUUUGAUACAAGGUUAUUUUAUUUUGAGUUUUUGAUUUAACGCAGUCUAUUUUAAAAUCUAAUUCUCUGAAAUGGGAUGAAACAUAUGGAAAAAAAUACAAGUGCACGCAUAAUAAUCUUAAGCUAGUCAUAAAGAUCGCUCGAUGCACUUGACGAGUUCAACAUUAGAUUUUGUUGUUUUUUUUUUUCAUUAAUAAGUCAAAUUUUAUCUUAAGAAUUUGCAAUAGUAACAUUUUUUUAAAAAUGAACAAAUUUUAAAAAUUAAAACUUUUUCCUAGAAAAACUCGUUGAUGCAUUGACGUAAAGAAACUACUAUAAAUAUUUUAAUCAAGGCUAGCAUUAAAAAAAAUCCCACAUUACGACUUUGAAGAAUUUAUAAUAAUAGCCUUCUUGUACUGAAGAAGUUCAAAAGACUUAUUGUAGGUACUGUUAUUAAGAUAAGCUUGUAAUAUAUAUUUUUAAGAAUGGAGUCGUAAAAUUAAAAAUAUUGAAUGUAUUUGAAAUUCAUCUGGACCUUGUGUAUUGAAAAUUUGGCCAAUAUUUGAACAAUGAUAUAUGCAAAAAAAGCCCACCGUCCUCAAUUGAAAAUUUUCAAAUAUGGCGUAUGUAUCAACGUCUUGGGUUCAAUGUUUUGUUUUUCUUUGUAUUUAUUAGAUAGGUGAACUACUAAUGUGUAAAUAAUGUUUUCUAUCUUCCCCAACUUUAUUAAUAUAUUUUUGUUAAAUAUUUAUAAACAACUGAAAAGUACUUUAUAUAUUAUUAUUACACGCAAUUAGAGAUGAUAUCUAUGUAAUUAUGAUAAAUAAAAAUUUAGAGCGUGUUAAUUUUCCAUAUUUGUAUGGAAAAUCUGAAAAAUACAUCAUUCUCAAUUUUUAAACGCAUUUGAUGAGGUAGUAGAGCUGAAUAUCAAUGGAAAUCAUUUUCCAGUGAUUUUUUGCUCUUUAUUAAUGAAGAAUAAUCAACACGGUUGAUAUAAUUGCCUUAUGUAUAUUUUGUAUGAAUGUAUUGAAUUCAAUUAUUGUGCGUGUAUCCAUAAAUGUAUAAUAUUUAAAACAACAAUAAAUGUAUACUUUGUACGAAAUGAA